AACUUAAAGAUCUGAUAACAACUGUAGCAUGUUUAAGUUAGACCUACUAGCUUUUUUUUUUACAACACGCUACUGGUCAUGAUUACACUGAUUUCAGUCUUAUGAUCUGCGGCCGGGCUCGUCGGCUAGCUCUCAGCGGCCCGCAGUUAGUGGCUGUUGGUGCAUGUUUAGACUGGAGAGUUUUUACUGUAGUUCAGCUCCCCUCGUUUCCCUGAUCUUGAAAUUGCUCUGUUCACAAACAUUCAGUUCUUAUCUAAUAUGACACACAAGCCUUGAACAUUCUUGAAACUGAACAACAUCAAAGCUGUCUUCCCAAAAACAAUAUGUAAAUUUGUGCAAAAGUUCAAAACAUUCUUCUUUCUGAAUAGGAGUUUUAGAAGGGAAGCUUAUGAUUUGUUGUGUAAUAUCAUAGUUCUGUCUCGGACGCCACCCCCCCCCAUGUGGUUGUUUUUUUUCAAAGAUAUGAUCUUAAGCGGAUAUUUUUAAAUGUUCUUUCUCAGUUUCCUAAUUUGAAAACGGUUGCUGUAAAAUACUAUACUACUGUUUAAAAGUUUUGGGUUUUUAAGGUUUUCUGGUAUGUUUUUGCAAGAAGUCUCAUAUUCAUCAAGGCUGAUUUAUUUGAUCACACAAACACAGUAAUAUUGUGAAAUAUUAUUACAAUUGAGUUUAAAAUAAUUACAAUAUGCUGAAUUGUUGAAAACAGUUGUGCUGCUUAUUGUUUUUUGUGGAAACUUUAAUGAAUAUAAAGUUCAAAAGAACAGCCUUUUAUUUGAAAGAGAAAUAUUUUUGUAGAAAGGUAAAAGUCUUGUUAGAUGUCCGAUGAUGAAGUGGCUUUGGCCCCUGUCAGAUUUCCUCUCAGGUAAUUUGUCACUUGUUUGAAUACUGAAGGUAGAGUUCUGCUCUGUAAAGUUAUUGACUCUUUAGUGUCCUUGAGAAUAAUGGAGGGAAAAUGAAGGUUAUCCUGACUUAACUGCUCUGCAGUCUGUGGUAAUGAUUUCCUGGUGACUGUGGCUUUGACAUAAAAAAGGAUUGUGACGGAGAGCCUUUUGUUGCCAUGGCGAUAACCCCUGGUGGUCAGAAUGUAGUUAAUGAGAAUAUGAGUGGCAGGUUGAAAAGCAAGCUAAUGAAAACCGAUGAAUGUUGUGUUGGGAAAUGUGAAAAUUAACUUGUGCUUGUAUUCUGUGUAUUUGAUUUCUUUGUGCUGCAUUCGGAUCUAACAGCAGGGUCUCAAGUCUAUCACUCCUUCUUAUGCAUAGUCAUUCAGUUCUUGUUGCUGAGGCUGAUGGGAAGGACAGUCACAUGCGUUUUGAGUAGCUUUAUCUUUCAGAUGAUAUAUCUGUUGAUGGGUUAUUACUACACAGCUACAGACGAGUAUGAUAUCAAAUGGACCAUGCCUCACUGUGUCCUCACACUCAAACUCAUCGGUUUAGCGCUUGAUUAUUAUGACGGUGGAAAAGAACAAUCUCAGCUGAGCGCAGACCAGAAGAAGUCUGCCCUCAACUCUACACCGUCUUUGUUGGAGGUUUUUGGCUUUUCAUACUUCUAUGGAGGCUUCCUGGUAGGGCCUCAGUUCACACUGAGAAACUACCAGCAUCUGGUGUCUCGAGAGAUGUCCGAUGUUCCUGGACAACCACCCAAUAGUGUGGUUCCAGCAAUGAAGCGAUUCGGUUUAGGUCUGAUCACUCUAUCGGUCUUUGCGAUAGGUGGACUGCACUACUCAGAUAGCUACUACUUAACAGAUGAGUUUGAGGCACAUCCAUUCUGGUACAAGUGUGUGUACAUCCUAGUGUGGGUGAAAAUAAACCUGUAUAAGUACAUCAGCUGCUGGCUAAUCACGGAAGGUGUGUGUAUACUCUCUGGGCUGGGCUAUAAUGGGAAGAACGAAAAAGGGGAGAACCAAUGGGAUGCCUGUGCAAAUGUGAGGCUAUGGCUAUUUGAGACCACACCGCUUUUCACAGGGACCAUCAGUUCUUUCAACAUCAACACAAAUGCUUGGGUUGCCAGGCAUGUGUUUAAGAGGCUGAGGUUUUUGGGUAACAAGUUGUUAUCUCAAAUGUUCACAUUGUUAUUCCUGGCGAUCUGGCACGGCUUGCACUCAGGGUACCUCAUCUGCUUCUCCGUGGAGUUCAUCAUUGUCAAUGUGGAGAGACAGGCUCAGUCACUGGUGCGGGACAGUCCUUUGCUGACAUCUAUAGCUCAGAGUCAUCUGUAUCCGUUUGUAUAUGUAGUACAGCAGUUAAUUCACUGGCUCUUUAUGGGAUACCCUCUGGUGCCAUUCUGCCUCUUCACGUACGACAAGUGGCUUAAGGUUUACUCCUCUAUAUAUUUUUGUGGUCACAUCUUUUUCUUCGUUGCCUUUCUCGUCCUGCCAUACCUCCGCAAGGUGUUCGUGCCUCGAAAAAGAGGCAGUGAGAAAAAGGAGGAUUAAUUAAAAUGGUUUGACUGAAGUGAACUGUGACUUUUAAAGAGCGCCUGAAGAGGACAAAUUUUAAGGCCUUUAGUAAUAUAUUACUAUUUACAUACAGCACUGACGUGUGUACAAAUGUUAGUCCGUUGGAAAGUUCUUCGUUCUUUUGGGUGGACUGUAAUGACAAAGCUGCAGAAAUACAAGCAUUUCUGAGGUUCAAUAUUCGUUAAAUAAGAUUUACUGAUGUUUGGUGGCUGAAAAUAAUUAUACUGUAUCUGCUCA